CACGUUCUGGAGUCUGGAGGUUUCAAUUUCAAGUUUCAACCUCUAAUCCAAUCAAAACGUCACGUGUUGUCCACGCUUCCUGGCAUUUUAUCUUGACCCCUCAUACGAUUCUUUUAUACUUUUGGCAUAGAAGUUCUACCUGGGAAAGAUGCCGAACAAAAAGACUGGGCAGAGAAAGAAGGCUGAGAAGCAGAAACAGAGGCAGAAAGGAAUCAGGACUGCAAGGGAGAAUUUGGAUUUUGGAAAGUUUCCCUGCAAUGCAACAAUGGAAUGUGACAAAUGCAAAAGGAAACAAAAAAACAGAGCAUUCUGCUACUUCUGUAGUAGUGUUCAAAGACUACCGUUAUGCGCACACUGCGGAAAAGUGAAGUGCUUAUUAAAAACAGGCGACUGUGUUGUCAAACAUCCUGGAGUUUUUACUACAGGAAUGCGAAUGGUGGGUGCAAUAUGUGAUUUUUGUGAGGCCUGGAUUUGCCAUGGUCGAAAAUGUCUCACCUCACAUGCUUGCACAUGUCCUUUACAAGAAGCUAUCUGUAUUGAGUGUGAAAGAGGUGUCUGGGAUCAUGGCGGUAGAAUAUUUAAAUGUUCAUUUUGUUCAUCGUUUCUUUGCGAGGAUGAUCAAUUUGAACAUCAAGCAUCAUGCCAAGUUUUAGAAUCUGAAAAUUAUAAAUGCCAGUCUUGUAACAAAUUAGGACAGUAUUCUUGUCUGAGGUGUAAGACAUGUUAUUGCGAUGAUCAUGCUCGUAGGAAAGGUUUUAAAUAUGAUAAAAAUAAACCAAUUCCUUGUCCUAAGUGUGGCUUUGAAACAUCACAAACCAAAGACCUGAGCAUGUCAACCCGUUCCCAUAAAUUUGGACGUCAGGGCAACCGUUACGAUGAUGAUGACGACGAUGAUUAUGAUUACGAUAUAUCUUAUUCUAGAAGCCAUCAGUUCAACGGUGGCGAUGACGAUGACGACGACGACGAUGAUGAUGAUGAAGAUGCUGAUUAUGAAUUUGGUGGUGGCAAUGAAUCUUCAGAAGAGAGUGAAGAGGAUUAAUUUGUUUAAAAAAAGUAUUAAUGCCAAAUGAUGAAAUAAGUUUUCCAAUUUCAUCAAUGUCAACAACAGUUUCUGCACAGACUCUUAAUUUAUGUUCGAGAAAGCCAGAAGCUGAAAAUAGUAUCUCAUUACACACUUUGCACUGAAGAAAAGAGUUCACCUUCAGCUGAAAAAUUAUAAAAAAUAACUGUACAUAUAUAAUAUAUACUUUUGCA